ACUAUAUAAAUGCAAAACCCUAGUUUCCCCUUCCUUUAAUUCCUACACGCCCACACACAAUCACGGGGAGAGAGGGAGCUCUUUGGACAUGGUGAAUUUCAGGUUUCAUCAGUACCAGGUUGUUGGCAGAGCUCUCCCUUCGGAGACCGAUGAGCAUCCGAAGAUCUACCGCAUGAAGCUUUGGGCCACAAACGAGGUUCGGGCCAAAUCCAAGUUCUGGUAUUUCCUGAGGAAGCUUAAGAAGGUUAAGAAGAGCAAUGGCCAAAUGCUCGCUAUCAAUGAGAUUUUUGAGAAGAAUCCAACAACGAUCAAGAAUUAUGGUAUCUGGUUGCGCUAUCAAAGUCGAACUGGUUAUCACAACAUGUACAAAGAGUACCGUGACACCACUUUGAAUGGUGGUGUUGAACAGAUGUACACUGAGAUGGCUUCCCGCCACAGGGUCCGUGCUCAUUGCAUCCAGAUCAUCAAGACAGCCACUAUCCCUGCAAAGCUUUGCAAGAGGGAGAGCACCAAACAAUUCCAUAACUCCAAAAUCAAGUUCCCCUUGGUGUUCAGGAAGGUUAGGCCACCAACUAGGAAGCUCAAAACCACAUACAAGGCGUCUAGGCCAAACUUGUUUAUGUAACUCUCUUGAUUUUAUAUCAAAGGAGCUAUAAAGAGGGGUAAGACAAAAUUCUGAAUUUGUUAUUUUAGUAGUCUUUUUGUGUUGUCUUUUUUGGAUAUUGCUUGAUUUGAGAAUUUUGCAAUAUUAGACUGAAUAUUCCUUUCCUGGGGUAUUCUGUGAAACCCUAUUUUGCUUACUUGAAUGUGUCAGUGUCAGUACUUGCUUCUGGAUAUUAUUGUUAUUUUUAUUGCAGCUUUUCUUCCCUUGAGUUCA